GGCAAUGGCAUAAAGCCCUGUUCCCCCUGUGCUCUUCCCGCACGCUCCAAUGGCAGCCACGGCGGUGACCCUGCCCUCCUCCUCGCCCUCCCCCUUCCCCGUCGCCACCACCUCCGCCCGUCGCUCCCUCCACCUCCGCUCCCCGCCUCUCCGGCGCGCCAUCCGCGUCGCCGCCUCCGCUGCGACUGAGGCGCCGCCCAAGCCGGCGGCGGCCAACCCCAUCAUCCUCGUCGACCCCGCUGAGGCCCAGAAGGUCCACCGCCUCAAGACCGUCUACGACACCAAGGUCGUCCCCAUCAUCACCGAGGAGUUCGGCUACACCAAUGUCCACCAGGUGCCCAAGAUCGAGAAAAUUGUGGUGAACUGUGGGCUGGGGGUGGAUGCGGGGAACAACAAAGGGCUGGAGGCCGCCAUGAAGGACCUCGCCUCGAUCACCGGCCAGUACCCCGUCAAGACCAAGGCCAAGAACUCCGUCGCCAGCUUCAAGAUCCGCGAGGGCAACACAAUUGGUAUCGCCGUCACGCUCCGCGGCAGGGUGAUGUACAACUUCUUGGACAGGCUCAUCAACCUUGGGCUCCCUAGGACUAGUGACUUCUUGGGUGUCAACCCCAACAGCUUCGACGGUAGCGGCAACUACACCAUUGGUAUGCGCGAUCAGGGCGUCUUCCCGGAGAUCCCGUAUGAGGUGGGUGGCAAGAAGAACGGUAUGGACGUCAGCAUCGUCACCACCGCCAAGACCGACAAUGAGGCCCAGAGGCUUCUUGCCCUCCUCGGAAUGCCAUUCGCCGCGCACAUGAAGGGCGACGAGUACAAGAAGAAGAGGUUGAAGAAGCACCACUUCAUGAGCAAGGGCAGGGGAAGAAAGUGAAGAUCCAACACAGGAUGACCUUUGCUUCCCAGUUUGUUCAUUGUAAUCAUUUUGCAUAGUUUGGUUUAGAAAUUCGAUCAUCUUGCUGUAUGUUACUUGCUGUUAAUGUUGUACCUACUGCCAGAAAACAAAAUGGAAAGUGUUGCUUU